AUGCCUGGCACAGACUGGGCACCCUCACCGAUCUUCAGGGCGACUCUGGGGGCCGGCAGCAGCACGGGCGCUCUGGAACCCGCUGGCCUCGCCGGGGCCCAGAGGGAGCUCCGCCGCAGUUCGAGGCCCCCGGCUCUAGACCGGGUGCGGGCGAAGCUCGGGAGGAGGGCCCCUCCCUGGAGGAGGGUGCCUGCGGUCCUGCUGGGGCCGCAGCUGCCUCGAGGUACGUACCGCUCGCGUGCAGGCUGGGGGCGUGCCCCGGUGAGUGUGGGGCGUACGGGGAGGGGGCCCCUCCCACUGAGGACGCUGCGCGAGGUGGCGCCACGCCGCAGGCGCGCACUCCCCCCGCCGCACGUGUUUGGGGGCUUGCUGACACGUGAGCCGAGCACGCCCGCGCAGGCGCCCCCCGCCCGCCCCUCCCCCACCCGGCCGCUCAUGGCGGGGGGCUUCCGUGCCUGUCCAGACGCGUGGGGAGGGCAGCUGCUGAGGGACGGCGAGGACAGCGACGGCAGCCAGAGGCGCAGGGAGCGCAAGGCCGCCGCCGCCGCCGCGCCAGCCCGGCCUCUCUUCCCCGAGGCCGCCAGAGCCAUGAGCGGGAAUCCAAACUUGGCGCUCGGGGCCCGCCCCCGGCAGCCCAUGGGCGGGCGGGGCCGGGGCCGGCCGCGCGGGCGGAGCCAGAGCCGGGGAGAGCUGCGAGAGGCGGCCGAGGAGGCGGGGGCGAGCGCCGGCGCCGGCGGCCGUUGGCGAGCCGGGCGGGGCUUAGGCGAGGAAGGUUUGGGAACCGGCGGCCCGAUAGGGGGAGCUAGACCCUUGGAAUCCUGUGGCGGUACAACCUGGUGGCUUCUGGAAGAGGCAGGGGGAAGGAGUGGUGGCUUUCAGGAUCACGAUGCAGUUGUGGGGAGAACAUCACCGAGAAAGAAGAGAGGCCCACGCAGGAUAGUGCCGGUUCCUCUAGAGGUAGAGAAGUCUAACAGUGAUGAAGAAGGAGAUGAGACCAGCAGACCAGCCUACCCUAAUGAGGAAGAUGAGGAAGAGGAGGAGGUUGCUGGGGCAGGUUUGAGGAGCCUGCAGUACAGGACUCAGUCCAGGAUUGAAAAGAAGGUCUGUGAGGUAGUCCAGUACCUGCUAGUGAAGGAUCAGACAAAAGUGCCCAUCAAACGAACUGACAUUGUGAACACUAUAAUUAAAGAGUACAAGGAAAUGACCACGGAGAUCAUCAGCCGAGCUGGUCAGAUGUUGGAGCAGGUGUUUGGAAUAGAGUUGAAGGAGAUUGAUGACAAAGCUCCUGCUUAUGUGCUCCUUAACAAAUUGGAGCCCCUGGAAUAUGACUGCAUGAGACCAAAACAUGAUACAGCAAAGAUGGGGCUUCUGAUGGUGAUCCUGAGCCUCAUUUUCAUGAAGGGGAACUCUGCCAAGGAGGCUGUUGUUUGGGACAUGCUCAGGAAGAUGCGACUUAACCCAGACAAAAAACAUCCACUCUUUGGGGAUGUGAAGCAGCUGGUCACCGAUGAAUUUGUCCGCCAGAGGUAUUUGGAGUACAACCGGAUUCCUUACACUGACCCUGAGGAGUAUGAGUUCCUCUGGGGACCCAGAGCUUUCCUAGAGACCAGCAAGAUGCAGGUCCUUCGCUUCGUGGCUAAGAUCCAAAGGAGGGACCCUCGGAGCUGGGCGGUCCAAUACAAUGAAGCCCUUCGGGAAGAGGCGGCAACUGCCUCUGCUUCUGCCUCCGCCUCUGCCUCUGCCUCUGCCUCCGCUUCUGCCUCCGCCUCUGCCUCCGCUUCUGCCUCCGCCUCCGCCGCCUCUGCCUCCACCGCCGCUGCUGCCGCCGCUUCGGCUGAGACCGAGGCGGAGGCUGAAGCUGAGGCCGAAGCCUGUGCCUCUGCCUCUGGAGGUUUCCUGGAGUAGGCGAGUGCCCCGUGGAGGUGGCUGUCCCAAAGCACAAGAAGCAUCGUUUUCCACGAGCUGUGUGCACAGUAGCUAUGAGUUAGGCCCUAUUCCCUCUGUAGCCCAGGUCCAAUAAAAUUGCAAGUUGA